CAGGCUGAAGAUUCACUGUAGGUGCUGUUGAUGUGAAUUCAGCGACUCGCUCCACUACACCGCUCUGCUUGGCCAUAACGGGGCGUUACCAACUUUUUUGUUUUUCUUUUCUUUUUUUCCGUCUAUUUUUUCUCUCACACAGAAUCGGUUUCGAUUUUUCUACUUUGUAAAUAUUUCCUCCGUGUUUUUGUAGCAGUGUCCUCGUGAUGGAGCUGAACUCUCUUUUAAUCCUGCUCGAGGCUGCAGAGUAUCUGGAGAGAAGAGACAGAGAGGCUGAACACGGUUAUGCGUCAGUGUUACCCUACAGCUCUGACUUCAACAGGAAGAAAAAAGCACAGCUGCUCUCACGCAGACCAAGUAACAACAACAACAACAACAACAACAGAUCCUCCCACAAUGAGCUGGAGAAACACAGACGUGCUAAGUUGCGACUCUAUCUGGAGCAGCUGAAGCAGCUUGUGCCUUUAGGACCUGACAGUACGCGACACACAACACUGAGUCUGCUCAAACGGGCCAGGAUGCACAUCAAGAAGUUGGAGGAACAGGACAAGAAAGCAGUGAAUGUGAAGGAGCAGUUGCAGAGGGAACAUCGCUACUUAAAGCGUCGCCUCGAACAGCUCUCACUGCAGCGCACUCGCACUGACAGCAUGGGCUCUACCAUCUCUACUGACUCAGAGCAGGAGGUGGACAUUGAGGGUAUGGAAUUCACCCCCGGUGAUGGAGACAGUGUGGACGGAGUAAGCGACGCUGAGGAUCACUACAGCCCAUGCAGCUUUUAGGCCACGCCCCUUUGUCCAUCCUCCCUGUUCUCUUGGACAGGAGGUGGACUGUACUUCCAGUUCUUCCCGUACUUCCUGUUUCCUAUAUCCGUCUCUGAAGAACAAUCUGUGGUCCGAUCAUCCGGCUCUGACCUGUCUCUACACCUCCCGAGUGUAGACCGAUGACACGAGUGCCCUAGUGAGCAAGUGUGUAUAGAGACGCUGCCAUCUCUAAACAGGCUGGAUCCAUGACCACGCCUUUGUGAGGUGAAUGAAGUAGCAUUUAACACACUACGCCUUGCACGCUUCUCACACUAAACAAAAGACUUUUCUUAAAUGUUCAAAAUUAGCACUCAGAUAAGUUAGUAUCACUAAUAAUUAUUAACCGCUGUGUGAAUUAGCAAAAAAACUUGAGGAUGGCUCAGUCACAAGGGGCGUGGCCUAAGUUAUAUAGGUCAGUCAGUGGCAGUCUUGAUCAUGUGGCAUCACCAAUAACAUUUAUUUUACUCCUUUCUUAUGACAUAACAUUGCAGAAUAUAUGUGUUUAUAAGCAAAAAGCUAGCCUUCUAACCACUUCUGAUGUCCUGUAAUAGCAUAUAGUCAACACUGAUUGGCUAAUCAAAUCUAACUCGGCUCCUCCCCCCUUGACAGAGGCCUAAGGUGUGUCAAUGUAUAAAAAAAGUGUGUCCUGGCUCCUGGCCAAUCAGGAUCCAGCCUUUUUUUCUCAGUAGCAAUGUGAUGUAGCAAUAACGCCAUUGUGUGUGUGUGUGUGUGUGUGUGUAUAAUUCACUAAAGCACUCACACACACUCAAUGCAGCGUACACACACACACUCCUCACACAGUGAUGCAUCAGAGCCGGACGUAGCUUGUAGCAGAGAUUAGCAUGCAGCUACAACACAGUAUGUUAAUUUGCAGUAUUUGUUGUGGACACACACACAUCUGUCUUUAUCUUUAGCAUGCAUCAUCCCAAAAUUUCAGCCAAAAAAAAUUCACCCCUCAAAAAAAAAAAAAAAAAGCCUGUCUGCUCUGGUGUACUGGGCGUGGCCUGCCCUGUGAUGUCAUACUUACACUUUUUAUACAGUGAUUUUAGUUUGAAAGCUAGCAAGCUAUUUAUCUGUUCCUGAUUAGCUCUUCCAGUAACAUUGCCUCGGUCUGGUGUUAGCUAGUUAGCUGUAGAGGUGCCGUGUGUAUGAUGUCAUCAUGAUAGCCACGCCCCCUCCACUUGCUGGGCAAAUAAAAAAAAAGACUAUAAACAACCGUGUAUAUUGAAUAGAAGUGUAUAAAAGUGUGUAGGUCACAGAGUGUGACUUUAGCUCUAUAUUUCUGUCAGAAAUUUUUUAUUCUAUUUUCCUAAAAUGCAAAAGACCAAAAAAAGAAAAUAUAAAUAAAAAUAUAAAUAUAAAUACUUACAUAUAUAAUUAUAUACAAGAAACGACAGGCUGAACUCGCCAUCUUUCUGUGCCUUGGUCAUGUCCCAUUCCUCUGCCUGUACACUUCCCCUUACUCCCUAUGCCCUACUCUCUACCACCUACUCAGGUCUACUUCCCCAGUUACACAUGGAGGGUGUGGCCUGCCAUGUUCUCAUUCAACAUGCAGACCAUGCACUAUGGAGUGUCCUGCAUCCCCUUUGUCCCCAAUAUGGAGGACAGGGCCUGGGCAUGUCUCAGUACAACAUGUACAGUGUGCUCUUUAAGGAGAGCCCGCAUGCCCCUUCCCCUUGCUCCGCAUCCUCAGGUCUACUCCCUCGAGUACUCUCUCACUAACACCCUUCAACAGAGACCCUUCAACGGUGUGGUUGGGGUGUGUUCCAAUCCAGCAUGUAGACUUUAAUCAUCCCUCCGGGGGUUGUCUUAUUCCUCAUCUUGUUGACUUCCUCAUAUCCUCGAGCCCUACUCAGGUCUCCUUCCUGCACACGCUCAGUCACAGCCCACAUCCUCGGAUCGGAACUGAGGAUAUCUGGCUGGGGCGUGUCCCAAUCCAACACGUGGACUCUUUAGGGUGCCUCCUUCAUCCUCACUCACUCCUGUGGUUGUGGUCUUUAUUCUUAGUGCAGAGGAAGACACUGGGAGAAGAUUGAUCAUGGCAGCUUGGGCUCUUCCUCCCUCUCUCACCUUCUCCUAGUGCACUUCCUGUUAGUAAUAGUGUUAACUCCUGCCCAGGGGGGUUGUGGGUAAUGUAGUCCCUCUGAUGAGCGUACUGAAGGUAGUGUGAGACAGACUGGUCUGAGAUCAGUGUGAAUGGGCAGCUAUCAUCACGAGGAACACACAAACACACACACACACACACACACACACACACACACACACCUCGCACAGAACCUCUUGAUAGUGUGGGCGGGACUAAAUAUCUGAAUAUGAAUUCAGAGAGAGUGAGACAGAAAAACUGACAGAGAAUGAGACAGCGAGACAGACAGUGAGACAGCUCUAAUACAUUCCUAUUAUAAAGCCCUGAAGCACUUCACUUUUAUUUCUCUGCACUUUUUUUCAUCCCCUUUUAACGUUUUUUUUUCUUUAAUCGUGAUUCUAACACAUCGUCUUCUUGUAUCCUGUCUGUGUGAUCAGAGUGGGGUCAGGGGGUAAGGGGUCAGAGGUCAGAAGGGUUCUGUGCCAGAGACCUUUUUAUACAGGAUGUGUAACAUACAUGCAGAUUUAUUUUUGUGUUUGUUUUUACACACACACACACACACACACACACACACACACACACACACACACACUGGUGCUUGUGUACUGAACAGUGUACUAUACAGAAAUAAAGCUGAUUUUAUACA